AGCGUCGUGUGCGUGAUGACGACGCCUACGCGCGGGGACGUGGGCACGCUACGUCCCGUUGAGGGAAAGAGGAGGAGAAGAGCGAAAGAUGGCGACCUCAAACAAUCCGCGGAAAUUCAGCGAGAAAAUCGCUUUACAUAACCAGAAGCAGGCCGAGGAGACUGCGGCUUUCGAGGAGGUGAUGAAGGACCUGAGCAUCACCAGAGCGGCGCGGCUGCAGCUACAGAAGACCCAGUAUCUGCAGCUCGGACAGAACCGCGGACAGUACUAUGGAGGGUCUCUGCCCAACGUCAACCAGAUUGGCAGCAGCACCAUUGACCUUCCCUUUCAGACACCGUUUCAGACGACCGGGCUGGACACCAGUCGGACGACCCGGCACCAUGGCCUGGUGGACCGGGUCUAUCGCGACCGGAACCGCAUCAGCUCGCCUCACCGUCGCCCGCUGUCGGUGGACAAGCACGGGCGCCAGAUUGACAGCUGUCCCUAUGGCUCGGUGUACUUGUCACCACCACCUGACACCAGCUGGAGAAGGACUAAUUCUGAUUCCGCUUUGCAUCAGAGUACUAUGAACCCCACUCCACAGGACGGUUUUUCGGGGGGCUCACAAGACUUGCAGCCGAAGAGAGUUCUUCUUCUAACAGUGCCAGGCACAGACGAGCAGGAAUCUGAGGCGGACAAAAACCUCCAGAAUCAAAUCUGGGAUAAUAAAAAGAAUGCGUCAGCAAGGCCGAAGUCUUGUGAAGUCCCAGGAAUCAAUAUAUUUCCGUCACCUGACCAGGAAACUACCACGUCUUUGAUUCCAGCUGCGCACAACACGGGGGGCUCCCUGCCCGACCUGACAAACAUCCAGUUCCCCCCGCCCCUGCCUACUCCCCUGGACCCCGAGGACGCCUCCUUCCCCGCGCUGAGCGCCUCCAACAGCACCGGCAACCUAGCGGCCAACCUCACCCACCUGGGCAUCAGCACCGCCAGCCAAGGUGUCCCUACAUCACAAGCCGGCAUGACUGGGGCAGCUCAGCGCAGGCAGCAGACGGUGGUCCCACUGACCCUCAACACAGACUCCCGACGGCAGCAGACACAGCAGCUGUCUCCCACCCUCUCUCCUCCUCUGACCCUUGCACAGGCGGUGACGAUGGAAGCGCUGACCCUGGAGCAGCAGCUCCCACCCUACUCCUUCUUCUCUCAGCCCACGUCGCCGACGCAGACGCAGCACCAACAACAACAACAACAACAACAGCAGCAGCAGCAGGGCUCUGGCCUGCCCAGGCUCGUGCAGCUGCCGCCCCUGUCCGUGUCAACUGCCUCCACCCUGCCCCAGUCCCCCCCAGGCAACCAGACGCAGACCUCUGUGGGCAUCGAUAUCAAUUCGGCCGCCCUCCAGCAGUACCGCAGUAGUGCUGGGUCCCCUGCCAACCAGUCUCCCACUUCUCCUGUCUCCAAUCAAGGCUUCUCUCCUGGUGGCUCUCCUCAACACACAUCAAUCCUUGGCAGCGUUUUUGGGGAUUCUUUCUAUGACCAGCAGCUUGCAUCCAGACAAACGAACGCACUGUCCCACCAGCUGGAACAGUUCAAUAUGAUUGAAAACCCCAUCAGCUCCAGUAACCUGUACAGCCAGUGCUCGACUCUGAACUACUCGCAGGCCGCGAUGAUGGGGCUCACCGGCAGCCACGGCAGCCUGCAGGACCCCCAGCAGCUGGGCUACGGCAACCACAGUAACAUCCCCAACAUCAUCCUGACAGUCACGGGGGAGUCUCCGCCCAGCCUGUCCAAGGAGCUGACCAACUCCUUAGCCGGGGUCGGCGACGUCAGCUUCGACGCCGACUCCCAGUUCCCCCUGGACGAACUGAAAAUCGACCCCUUGACUCUGGACGGGCUGCACAUGCUGAACGACCCGGACAUGGUGCUGGCUGACCCCGCCACGGAGGACACGUUUCGGAUGGACAGGCUGUGAGGAGGGCCGGCCGUUCGUGGAGGAAUGGGGAGCCACGCAGCAACACACACGUCCCCACCCCCACCCCCUGCCCCAACUUACGCCAACUCCUGCCCCUACCCCUGAGGCCCUGCCGGGACGAGCAGCCAAACCGAUUGGUCAGUGACGUGCUGCUCCAUGCUGUGGGGGAAGAGGGGGAGAGGAGAACUGCAGCACUGACAGGUCCAAUGAUAUUAAGCUUGUUGUUCUGAGCUUGUAAUGCCAACUGCGCCCACUGUACGCUUAUGCCAUGCGCCCCUUGUCGCGGCUGACAGCUGAGGUUUCUUCGGCAGCCUCCUCCAGACUUUCCUUCAACACCUGCUGCAGGUUGUCAAUUUUUUUUUAUUUUCCUUGGUAUUUUAUAAAGCUCGUAUCUGGUCAUCUUAAACAAGGUAGUGUAUUUAAAAAGAAAACAAGGGGGCUGAAGCACUACACCCAUCUUAAUCGCCGUUUAAUAUUAACGCCGUGUUGUCUGAGUCAUGGCUGCAACGCGGUUUUCUUCUGUCAUGUCUUACUUUCGCUACACUAGAUUCCCUUUCCUUUAACUUACCAUCUCGGUCAUCUUUUUCCUCAAAAGCCAGAAUGCGUGAUUAUCAGCAACCAGUGUUUCUAGUGUCCCUUUUCUCUCUCUGUUUGUCCUUUUGUUUGUUCUGGAAUUGACCAGCAUUCACUGCCUGUUUUUGUACCCUGCCAAAUUGUACUUAUAGUUUUAGUAGGCGCGUUUUUCUUUUUAUAUAUGUAUAUAGUUCUUUUUUUUAAUUUCAGUUUUGUAUUUAUUUAAAAUCUACCAGCACUGGUCAAGUUUUCUGUUUUCGUUCUUUGAAUUUUUUUUAAACACAAGGAGUAAUAACCCUCCCCAUUCUAAAUGGUUUUGGGUUCCUGAGGUAUUGUUCAGUUGCUAGUGUGUGACUAUUGCUUUUAUCUCCAUAGAGUUGUCUUUGCUCAUCUAGCUUUCUGUGCCACCUACAGUACAGUAUGUUCUCUGUAGGGCUGCUGGGCUCGGCUGUCCGGGAAGACCCUAGGGGUAGAGCUACUCUUUCUCGGGAUCGUGAGGAGCUGGCUGAGGUGGCUUGGGCAUCUGGUGAGGGGACCUCCUGCUGGAGGUGUACUGGGCACAGCCCACUGGGGAGACAGACCCAGGACACGCUGGAGGGACUCUGGCCUGGGAGCCCCUGGGUGCCCCCCAGGAGGGUGUGGAGGCUGUUGCUGGGGAACAGGUCCUGCCCCACUCAGCCUGUUGCCACCACGACCCCCGCCAGGCCCGAGCGCUUACAAAAUGAGAUGAGAGCAGAUUUAUUUCAAUGUUUGAUCUGACUCGGCGUAGUCGCCCCUUACUGGCAGGAACUGAUGACGGCGAAAUGCCGAGGUUUCAAACAUUCUCCACGUAUAUCACGUCUUUGCACAGAGAAGUCCCUGUAUGUACACACCAGACGCGCAGCACAACACUUUGGUUACUCUACAGAGCUAAUAUAUAAACAAUAUUUUAUAUACUGUUUUUUAUUUUCUUCGUAAAUGGCAGAUAUCCCGUUUCAGUCUGAAGGCGCAUCACCGUGCCACAGCACACCACCUGAGAAACCCUGGCCUCAAAGAGAACCAGACUACUUUCCACCCGCUCAGAUUGUUUUUGUUUUUCCAAAUGAGGUCAAAUGGAAAAUAUAUGUCUCUGUAGCAUUUGUGACAGAUUCUCAGACUUUUAAAAAAAAAAAAAAAGGAUGUGGACAUUAUGGGAUCACUUCAUUCUUCUUUGAGGUGGAAAAACAAAAUGUGAAAAUGGGGGGAAAAAAAACACUGCAACCAGCAAGCCAACUCCAGCGCAUCACUGUGAGAUCACCCCAGAUUGCCUUACAUGAGUCAGGUUCUCUUUUCAAUUGUCCAUUAGCUCGUGAAUAUGAAGAAGUAUCUCCUGAAUGUUUUUGUGCUCUGUUUUUAGAAACCCCCAGGAAGAGUAUCGUUUGUGCCCACGCUUUGUUGUGCAGCACAGACCUGCGCCCCCUGUUCUGACUUCCACCACUCCUUUCACAUUGUAAUUCCUUGGGUAUUGUAGCCAGAGCCUCCAAGCUAACAGGUGUAGUGGGAGGUUUACUACUCCUUGAGGGUGCGGGAUGCCUUUUUCUGGGUGGCUUGUUUUCAUUUUUAUUUCUUUGUCUUUUGGCACCUCCCAAAUUCAGGCCAAUCUGGCAGAAAGAAGUUCUGGCGCUUGUCCAGUUGGGACACAGCUGAGCAGUGAGUCCUGUUCCAUCGUUGAUUCUUGUGGCUUUGUUUCCUGUUAUGUCACAUACCUAGGGGGGGCAGGGUAAUUAUUAACCUUUUGCUCAAGUGCAGUGUGAAGUUCAUAUCAAGUGUAUUUGGAAUUAUGUAUAUACUAGGCAAGCCAAGUUUUUUUCUAAGACUAACAUGACCACAAAAAACAUUUUCCAUUCAGAUUCAGUGAAAUAGGUUUGGAUCAUAAGGGAUGUUUUUCAAACUUUCUAGCAUGAUGCUAUCACUUACAUUUCCCCUACUGUUAGACCUGUAUGUACAAAGUUGUGCAAAAGUCUUAAGAGUAAAUCAGGAGUUAGAGCUGAUGUAUGUUGUGAGGAUCAAUAAUUACUAGAAGCCUCUGCUAACGUUAUGCACACUAUUAUAACAGCAGCAUCUGUUAUUAAUAUCAUUUAAUUUGGGUGAGAACAAACCAGGCUUUUAGGUUUUGCAGUCUUGAAUUCACAUUGCUCACCUUCAAAAUAAUUACAACAGUUUAAGGCAUAAAUAUAACCGAUGCAUUGUCAGGUGUUCCUUAUUGUUAACGUCAUUUGAUCUUCUCGUCUCAUUGAUAAAACUAGUAGCAUAUUUUGUGCUGCAGAAUACAGAUCUGUUCAGAUCCAAUGUUAGUUUAAAAGGUUGAAAACAUUUAGUAGAUGAUCACCAAGAAGGAAAAACGUGAAAAUAGUAAAAGAUGCAUACUAAGACUUUUGUACAGCCAUGUAUGUAUAUAUGUAUAAAUCAAGAUGUGAUUUUCAUAUUUUCCUUAUACUGAAUACUGCUGUCUUGAAUAGAGAUCCCUGGCAGAAAUAAAUACUGGUUGUAGAUCCGUUGCAUGAUGUUUAAAUAUGAUAAGGCUCCUAAUAUGUAAUAGUUUAAGUUUUAAUCAGUUGAUUAGUCAUUUAGCUUCGGUGGCUUAUUGACUAAUCAGUGGCUUGAAAAGGCCUCCUCAGCUUGGAGGCAGAAGUAUUAAAUGAUAUGAACCCCCCUCUGACUUGGGAAUGUUGUCAAUAGUGGAUCAUUGGUGAAGUGAUCAGUUUGGGAAAACAAGACAAUUAUCACAUAUCUGGUGUGAUGAGUGAACAGUUGUUAACCUGGGCCAAAUUUCAAUAUGCAGAUUGCCAUUUGGUCGAAAGCACUACCUGUUUUUGUGGAAGAACAGAAAUAAUGCAAACUUUGCUGGAGCAGAAGCGCCUUAUACCUGUCCC